AUGGCGAGAAAAGUUCCGCAAAAACCUGCUCCUGCUUAUAUCGAAGACUACGAUGACGACGCAGACAGUGUUAUUCCUCAAACCCGCCAGAGCGCUCAUAUUGCAGCGAAGCGAUCCAAGACUGCCCUUGUGCCAUUGGACAGCGUGCCUAUUGACUUUGCCAGCGACUCGGGCUAUUCCAGCCGUACCGCGGCCACCGGUAAUAGCAGUCAGUCUCGUGCAAGUGCCCGGCCCAGUCCUAUGCCCUUGACCCUGGACACUAUUGCCGCCAGCAGACCCGUUGAAGCCGUCCGCGUGAAAGAAGGCCGAAAGGAUAAGGGAAAACAACGUCAAGAGAAGCGUGCCUCUGCUGAUAUGAUGCACAUGAAUGCCAGGGCCGCGCCGCCUCCACGGUCUUCUUCCACGUCGAGGCGUCAGAGCAUCAACAUGCAUGCCCAGCCCGAUGCUUACUGGGCUUAUGCCAAUGGCUACCCCAAUGCUCCUGGAUACCCAGUACCCGCUCCCGUGGACUACUCUUCCUACUAUUACUACCAGCAAUCUACUCCUACUCAGGAUAUACCCCCUCAGUCCCCUCAGACAGGACAAUACCCUUACCCUUCUUAUGGACAUGCACAGGGACAUGGACCGGAGAUGCAUAUAGCUCAGUCGACUCAGCGUCAACGACGCCCCAGUCGUGCUUCUGUUUACAAUAUGGAUGAACGGCCUCUAAGUUACCACGCUGGAAUGCCGAAUGCCAUGUAUAACCCCGGUGCCUUGCCAGCGACCCCCUAUGAGCAAGGACCUCCCCCGGCCCCUUCUGCGUACCAUACCAUGCCCUCGACCCCACACCAGCAGUACUAUGCCGAACCAGGUUCGCCCUACCAACAAGUGUUUGAAAAGCAACGCGCAUCGUCCGUAUCCAGACCAAAAGAACAGCGCCGUCGUUCUUCGGUCUAUGGACGGCCUGUGAUAGAACACACUACCCCUAAGGCUUCCUUCGAGGAUGGAUCUUUCUUGGAACGCCAGAUUUCAAGAGAACACCGCUCUCGCCGGCCAUCUGAGAGUCGCCGGCCAGUUGAGACGGAGGGACUAGAUGAGGAUUACUACCGCAUGCCACCGCCACCGCCUCCAGCACCGAAACCCAAAGCCAAAGCGCCCAAGAUCAUCCAGAAGCGUCCCGAGCCUCCCCAAAAAUCAAUGACGACAGGAAGCGUGCCUCCCACCAGUCGUCGCAUGUCUCAUUCACGAGACUCUUGGGACUUGUCCGAUCUGAAACAAGCUCUGCCACAUCAGCAAAUCCGCAAGAUCGCCGGUGUACCCGAGCGUAGUCAGAGCAUGAAGGCUACUAGAAGAACGUCUUAUCAUGCACCUGAUGGCGCGCGGCGUAUCAUUGAGGGCUCACGUCGACGUACCAAUUAUUACGAUGAUGAACAUCAACCUCAACGAGAACCUCGUCGCGAACUGCCGAUUGAUUUGGAGCAAAAGCAUCGAAGCGCUGAGGAGUACCAGGCAGCGAAGUCUGGCCGGACUGGUGUCCCGCUGACUGCUGACGCUUUGCGACUUAAAGCCAAGAUUGCCCAGCGCCAAGACAGCGACAGUGGUAGCCAGAAGAGUCGCUCGAACAGCAGCCGUGGCAGCGAUGCUCGUACGCGAGAUGGAAGUGGUGUUGGUUCGCGCUUUGAUGAUGACAGCAGUUUCACAAUGACUAUGAAUGGAAUGACCAUGACUUUCCCUCAGGGCUCAGUUAGCGGCAAAACGAUUCACCUGCGCACUGAUGAACAGGGUGCGAUUGGCCUGAAUAUUGAAGGCCGUCGACCCAAGAAGUACAUCAUGCCUGCAGGAUCUGAAUUUACAUCUGCUAGCAGCCGGCGAGAAGUCGAGGAUGGGCGACGGCCUCGCGACGACCGACGGUCCGACCGAAACUCUCGUCGCUCAAGCCGUUCCACUUUCAGCGGUCGUUAA